AUUGAUGCCUCUUAAGUCAGUUACUCUUCAACGGCUAGAGGACAUGCAGAAACUGGCUGAGGAGAAGCUGAGACAGCAACAAAUCAACUCUUCCACUGGUGAAUCUUCCCAACUGUGAAGUCCUCCUACAUAUAUGUUUACAACGUCACGUGAAAAUGUCUCUAGGACCACUUCUAACCGAUGUGGUUGUCACAUUCUGCCUUGCUGCAGGAAUUCUUUAUCACUAUGGGAAUUGUAUGCGGCACCAUAUUGUUGUAACAAUAGCAGUCCUCAUUGCUUGGUAUUUCUCUUUCCUUAUUGUAUUUGUUCUGCCACUUGAUGUGUCAUCAACUGUGUAUCGCCAAUGUAUUGGAGAAAAUGGGACAAUUGUGAACCAGACUGAACUAGAAUGCAAGAAACCAUGGAGUCAUGUUCCAGAUAAUGUUUUCCCAAAUCUAUGGCGGGUUGUUUAUUGGACGUCCCAGUGUCUGACAUGGCUGAUUAUGCCAGUGAUGCAGUCUUACAGCCGUGCAGGAGAAUUCACCUGGAAAGGAAAAAUAAAAUCAGCAAUAAUUGAUAACACUAUUUACUAUGGCACAUACCUUUUUAUCUGUGGUAUACUUUUGAUAUAUCUUGCACUUCAGCCUGAUAUGGAACUUGAUGGUCAAAAAUUAAAAGCUAUUGCUUCAUCAGCCUCAAACACAUGGGGUCUUUUUCUCCUUGUCCUAUUAUUAGGAUAUGCUCUGGUUGAAGUGCCUCGAAGUCUUUGGAAUGCAUCUAAAAAAGGGUACUUACUUCAUUAUGCAUAUUUUCAUGCUGCUAAGCUCAGCUGUGACAAAUGCGAGGCACAGGAUGCAGUGGAUGAUGUUUUGGAGACACUGAAAGCUCUGAGUGCUGCAGUGCGCUCUAACCAUCCCCAAUAUCGGAAUUUAGAGACUAUUCUUCAGAAAGUCCCUAUUGAGAUGCGAGAACGAAUGAACCGCCGUCCAGCCUCUGAUGAUUCUACACUUGAACCACCAACCGAAAAAUCUUUGAUACGACUGCAUAAGCAGGUGAUUAAGGCACUUCAAACACAGCACAGAACCGAAACUCAGUGGGACAUGCUAGUUAAAAAAAUAUUUUUGUUGGAAGAUGUUGCUAAAAACCAAGUCAGUCAUGAUCAUCGUUUCAAGUGGUCUUUUCCCCCCCAACGUUCACCAAUCUUGCAAGCAGUUUUCACUCCUACAGUUGAAUGGUAUUGGCGUUGUCUGCUCCACAGUUAUGUACUGAAGAUCGGGGCUAUUAUCUGUAGCAUAUUGUCUAUAUUCGUGGUCUGGUCAGAAGUCACAUUCUUUAACAAGGAGCCAGUAUUGUCACUGUUUGCAAACUUUUUAAAUUUGGCAAAAGCUGACUAUGAUUAUUUUACAAUUGAAGUUUUGUCCACACUAAUAAUAGCAUAUUUGUGUUUUUGUGCAUACUCAACUGUGCUUAAAAUACGAGUCUUGAAUCAUUAUUACAUAGCUCCUCACCAUCAAACCGAUGAAUUCAGUCUCAUAUUUUCUGGCAUGAUGCUAUGCCGUUUAACUCCACCAAUGUGUUUAAAUUUCCUGGGUCUCAUUCAUAUGGACAGUCACAUUAUUAAGAAACGUAUACUAGAAACUCACUACACACAGGUGAUGGGGCACAUGGAUGUUAUAGCCAUUAUAUCAGAUGGAUUUAAUAUCUAUUUCCCAAUGUUGAUGCUUGCGUUUUGCCUUGCAACCUAUUUUAGUUUAGGAAGUCGAGCUCUCUCAAUGCUUGGCUUUCAGCAAUUUGUUGGUGAUGAUGAGCUGACUGGGGAACUCGUGGAUGAGGGCAGGGAACUUAUUAAAAGAGAGAGGAGAAGACUUGAAAGAAAUGAAGAAUCUAUGAACCGCAGACGAGAAUUUCAAGAGCGUUUUGGGGCAAAUUCUGCUUCACGGUAUCGACCAACUGCAAGGAGUGGAAACGACCCAGAACAUGAUAGUGCAAUUGUCCGACAGAAUUCUACUGAAUCUGUACGGGCAGGUUUGUUGGAAUCUUCAGAUUAUUAUGUUGCUGCUGAAGAGGAAGAACAAACACCAUUAUCACAGCACCAAAGUGGAACUAAACACCUUACUUAUCCACCUCGAGGUCUAUUUGAUGAUGUCUAAUUUGAUACUUACUGUUGGUAGCAUUUUGAGGCAUUCAUGCUCCCUGAAUGUCCAGAAUGACAUUUUUGGCCAAACAGGUCAUUUUUAAUUCCAAAAAUGUGAUUAUGACGAUUACUGUUCAACGUUUAAAAUAACUACCAAUUUUAAUUGAGAGGCAGUCAUUUACUUCCGUGAUUGUAAUCGCUCUUGAACUUAUCCUAUAUUUCUCUUGGUACUGUAGUAUAUACAUGUUUAACAAUUUUGAUAGAUGUGGUCUUUUCCUAUGUGUCCAUUUUUAUCUAAACCUAAUUGAGUUUUACUUAUUAUUAAGCAAAUGUCAAUGUGUGUUUGUGUUAUUCUUUUAGAUAAGUGUAACUGCUGCAAAACUUCUAUUGGUAUGCCAGAAUUCUAGUGUAUUAAGCACAAUUUCAGCAAAAAAGUGUAUCUAAAUUCUUAGGGGAAAAAUGUAUGCCUGAUUUCUAAAGUAUUUAUGACAUAAUCCAAGGUACAAACUGUUUUUUCAUGAGUCUAGUCUCAUGGUCUACUUCUGUUCUAGCCAAUGCUGUAAUUAAGUUUUGUUUAUGCAUUAAACUCAUAGUAGUAAUUUUUCAGGUGUCUCUCACACUGACUGAUUUGUACAGCAUGAUACAGUUAAGUGAGUGUGACAUGUAUUGGUUCAUCUUGUUAUUGUGUGCUAUUAUAUCAGAUCUGCACAUUUGAUUUGAAUACUUAUAAUUGUCUAGAACUUUUUGUUUUUAAAAAGUGAAACAGUCAACCUUUUAUUGGUGCUAUUUUUUAGUAUAUAUCAAUCAAUUAUAAUCAAUUAACUAAGUUAAUUCUUGUUCAUUUUUUUAAUUUUAUUUGACAGGUGCACCUGCCAAAAAUCACAAUUUUGUAUUAUUUUGUCUGUUUUUUUUUCUUCUUAAUUUGAGGAAGAUAGCCUUUACAGUCUCAUUAAAUGUUACAAACACAUUCAGUGUAAUGUGACCACAAUAUGGGCUAUGUGGUCACAACCGCGCUUAAAUAAUACGGAAUAGACUCUCUGUAUUCAAUGUGUAAAGUCAACUGUAUCAUUCAAAGCAGGGGAAAUGGAAUAACUGUUCCAUGUGACGCAAUGUACUCUUUAGCUUACUCUUGUGCCAUCUUUGUGCCCCCCCCCUUUUUUUUUUUCCUUGUGAAAAUAACAUUCCUUGACCAUAAAGUCAUGCAGUUUGCA